GCCUGAGAGUCAGGGCGCUUCCACAUAUGAAUGGAGAUGACGUUGCGGAGGGAACCACCCCAGCCCUUAUAUAGAGGCCCCGCUCGGCAGGUUUGUGGGAAUCGCUGCAGGUGGUCGGAGAGGAUGGGUGGGGGGAGCGGCGGUCCCUUGGCACCCAACCCCAGAGCAGCUUCACCAUGAAACGCGGGGCGCUCCCCUCGGCCGAUCUGAAUAGCACCGGCAGGAGGAUGUUGGAUCCCAUCGCCUCCACAGCUAUGAAGGAACGGGACAGAAGUAACAUGACGGCGAGGGCAGAGGAGGGCAACACGGUGUCGGUGGCAUUCCCCCUGUCUAUGAUGAUCACGGGCUUGGUGGGCAACGCGCUGGCAAUGCUCUUGGUGUAUAAAUCUUACAGGAACAAGGAAAGUGCAAGGAAACACUCGUUCCUCCUGUGCAUCGGCUCUCUGGCACUGACAGACUUCAUAGGGCAACUUCUCACUAGCCCCAUUGUCAUCUCCGUGUACUUGUCCAACCGGCAGUGGGCUAGGGUGGAUCCCUCCGGACACCUCUGCCCUUUCUUCGGACUUUGUAUGACUAUGUUUGGCCUGUGCCCACUCUUUAUAGCCAGCGCUAUGGCCAUAGAGCGCACCCUGGCCAUCCGCACCCCGCACUGGUACUCCAGCCACAUGAAGCCCAAAGCCACCAAGAUGGUGCUACUGGCUAUCUGGAUCGGGGUGCUGGGCUUUGCCCUCAUGCCUAUCAUCGGGGUGGGGCAGUACACCCUGCAGUGGCCGGGCACUUGGUGCUUUAUUAGCACGGGAGAUGGAGAGGCAGUGGGGAACAUCUUCUUUGCCUCAACUUACGCCUGCCUCGGGCUUCUGUCGCUUUUCACCACUUUCGCCUGUAACCUGUCAACCAUCGUGGCGCUGGUGUCUCGGUGUAAGCGCCGGAGCAGCACGGCCAAUGCCAGCAGGCAAUGGGAAAGGAUCACGCUAGAAACCCUCAUCCAGCUGCUGGGGAUCAUGUGCGUCCUGUUUGCCUGCUGGUCCCCGCUCCUGGUAAUCAUGUUGAAAAUGAUGUCCAACCAUACUUCAGUUGAACAUUGCAAGCCAAAAGCUUCAGAGCAAAAUACAGAGCUACAGAAAGACUGCAAUUUCUUUUUGACUGCUAUCCGCCUGGCCUCACUCAACCAGAUACUUGACCCUUGGGUUUACCUCUUGCUUCGACAUAUUCUGCUCAGGAAAUUUUGCCAAGUAGCAAAUGCUGUUUCAAACUGCUCAAACGAUGAACAGAAGCAACAGCCAAUGAUCCCCGCAACUGAUGUAAGAAUAGCUGAAGGAUGAUCUAUAUUGGUAUUAUUUAUAGAAUUUUGGGUGGAACUUGCAUGCUCAAAGAAGAGUGAAACUCCUAGCAAAGCUUUAAUGUGAAAUGGCCCGGGUGGUCUAUAUUUUCAGUAAACAAAGUACUAUUUAUAAAGCUGCUAAAAUUAUAAUAUAUCUUCUCCAAUGUGCCAAAAUGUUUAUACUGAAAUGACUGCAGUAACUUAAAAAACAAUUGUACAAAGAAACGAAUGUGAUAUCACAACAGCAUGUUACUCGAGAAAAUGCACUGUUUGCAAAAAUCCUUACCAACAGAGGUUAUUAACUGUGUUAUAAAGUGUCAGAUAAUGCUUGUGUAAUUAAAAGAGAAAAAUAAACACAGGUUGGCAUGGGCUAAAGCCUAUUUAUUAGUAAAAUUUAUAAAUUCAUUUUUAAAAUACAAUUCAUUUACAAUUAAAGUAAAAAUACACAGUAAUGUAAGUAUCCUAGUGAUGUCUACUAUAUAGUGUCUAGACAUAGACUAUUCAAAGCAGAUUGGUGUUUGUGUAUGUGCCUGUGUGUACUUGGAGACAACUUAUGACACUGUGUAAACAGUAGUGUUUUGUAUUGCCGCUAGCAACAAUCAAACCUUCAUAAGAGCCGUUGCUCUGAAAGAUUUAUUUGCAAAUCUUUUGAUUACAUUACAGUAUGUAAGCACUUUCUUCUUUAUA